UCUGGGGUCGUAGGGCUGGGGGCGGUACCUUAUUCGAGUCUAUUUGGACUUCCGUCAGACUGUUACAUACAGCUUUGUAUUGUCAUGUGGUACCAGGUGUAUCACCCACCCACCCACCUGGUACCUGGACCUGUCUCUCUCUCUCGCUCUCUACAUGGUACCUUGCCUUAUAUGUCUCUCCGCUCUGUACUAGGUAGUGUGUACCUGAAUAGUCUAUUGGUUUUGUUUCUCUAUAUCGGCAGUACCUGCAUGGUAUGCUGCGCUUGGAUCGAACGUGUCAGACUGAUCUAUUGUACCACCUGCCUACCUCGAAUCUCUGGAUGCGGCGUAUGCGAACGCGGCAAGAGAAGCAACUCUCGCCUCGGGCGACGUCUCUUAUGUGCAGACAAGCUGCCUACAGCGUGGCCGGAUUGUGUACUCUACUUUCGGUGCGGAAGGCAAGUGACAGACGUAGAUCAUAUCGUUCUAUUCACGACUUAUCACAAGUCUAAGCAGCAUCAACUCCAGAACGAGUAGUAUCCCCUCUUCCACUUGCCCUGCAGUGUAAAGCCGGGCAAUCCGUUUGUGCCGUCAAGAAAAAUAACAGGAUAACGUAAACAACC